GAAUAAUGAUUUCAUUCGUUCAUUCAUCUGCCUUUGAGUACCACUCUGUCUUGUCUCCUAACAGAAUGAAUUGAUGGCCUUCAUUUCACCAUUCAAACAAAAAGAACACAGAGAGAGAGAGAGAGAGAGAGUGAUUCCACGUGGAGGCAUUAGCGAGGAAGAAGAAGAACAGGAGGAAGAAAAAGAAAACAGCUAGGAACCCAUCAAUUCAUAUGAUCUAUUGAUCAUUCAUUUUAGGGAGUAUUUUGAAACUGGGUCUCUGUCUGGAUGAGAUUUUGCCCCAAAAGUUUCGAUUUUUCUUUUGUUCAUUUCUUGGGCGGUGAAUGAUUCAGAAUUUGAUUAAUUUAUAAGGAAGAAAUGGGGGUAGAUUACUACGAGAUAUUGAAGGUGAACAAGAACGCGACUGACGAUGAUCUGAAGAAGGCCUACCGGAAACUGGCCAUGAAAUGGCACCCCGAUAAGAACCCCACCAACAAGAACGAAGCUGAGGCUCAGUUUAAGCAGAUCUCCGAGGCCUACGAGGUUUUAAACGACCCUCAGAAGAGAGCCAUCUACGAUCAGUAUGGCGAGGAAGGACUCAAAGACCUGCCCCCACCUGGUAGCAGUGGCGGGUCAAGCGGCUUCAAUCCUCGGAAUGCCAAGGACAUUUUCGCGGAAUUCUUCGGGAGUAGCCCCUUUGGGUUCGGGUCGACGGGGCCAGGUCAGUCCAUGAGGUGUCAAUCUGAUGGAGGGGGUAUGUUCGGGGGGUUCACUGGGGCUGAUAAUAUCUUCCGGACAUACAGCGAGGGAACCAGCGCCAUGCCAAGGAAGCCGCCCCCAAUAGAGAGCAAGUUGCCCUGCAGCCUUGAGGAGCUGUACUCUGGAUCCACGAGGAAAAUGAAGAUAUCCCGGACAGUGAUGGAUGGGAAUGGGAGGGCGAUUCCCGAAACCGAGAUACUAACUAUAGAUGUAAAGCCGGGAUGGAAGAAAGGGACGAAGAUCACCUUCACGGACAAAGGAAACGAACAGCCUAACCAACUCCCAGCGGACCUCGUGUUUGUAAUCGAUGAGAAGCCCCACGACAUCUACAAGAGGGACGGGAACGACCUCCUGUUGGUCCAUCAUCGGGUGUCACUGGCGGAGGCGCUCGGUGGCACGACGGUUAACCUGACAACCUUGGAUGGGCGGAAACUGUCGAUCCCAGUGACUGAUAUUGUGAGCCCGGGCUACGAGCUCGUGGUGGCGAGGGAAGGGAUGCCCAUAGUGAAGGAGCUGGGCAACAGGGGAGAUUUGAAGAUCAAGUUUGAAGUCAAGUUCCCGACUAAGUUGACGUCUGAGCAACGGGCAGGGCUCAGGCGCGCUCUUGGUGGUUAGCCCGUGUGUAUCAUUUAGUAACCCAGAGGCAGACAUGGGGUUUGAGGUUUUUUAUCGAGGGUGCUGUCCACAAAGGAGAGACAAGUCCAAGCUGCUAGCGUGAAACUAAAAAAAAAAAAAAGGGAAUGUGAAGAGAGUUCGUACUAACCCGACACGACUACCCCCAUUGGGUCAAACCUCACCUCCGGAUCCAUCUGAUUAGGUUGAUUAGACACAAGACACUAUAUACAGAAACGACACACUGUUCCUUAUGCUCCCUUUAUUGGAGAUUUACGGGCCUUCCCACCGCCCAAGAAAUGGCUUAGAACUCAGCGGGGAUCUUCAUGAAUGUGUUGCAAAAGCUGAAAUUGUAACAAGGAUGAGAUUCCUGUUGUACCAUUUUAUCCUUUGCUCUCUCUCCUGUCCAUUUAUGUGUUACUAACUCGAAAAUCUUUCGCUGAAUGUAAGGCCGGUGAGAAACAAGCAUUUUUUUGUUGAUAGUAGAGAGAAGAGGUUUCUGUAACUGUGUGUCUCAUGGUCUCUCGUAUUAAGAGGAGUUGGUAAAGCA